GCUUUCAACUUUCCUCUCUCUGUUUCUCUCUACCACCAACUCUUUCUUUCUUCACAAGAGGCUUUUUAAUUGGGGUGGACAAAGUCAUUUAGUGGAUUCAGGGUAUUUAGUUUGAAUUGUCAAGCUUUUGUAGUGCAUGAUCACCGGAUCUAACGCUUGGAGGGUUCUGUGAUUCUGAGCUGAAAAUUUAGUAUUGAACGAAGAGAAGAGAAGAGAUGAGAAAAUAUAUUUGUGUCGUAGUGUUUGUGUUUUUGAUGAACAAGAGAAGUCCAUUUCUGUGCAGAAUUUGUUGAUUCUAGCCUUCUAGUGGAGAAGGGGAAAACUAGGUUUUUGUUAUUUGUUUGUUUGUGUUCUACUACUAUUCACCAAGUUUUGCAAAGAAAGACAAUUUUUACCAUUCGUUGUUGUGACUGUGGAUAAGGAAAGGCAGUAACAGCAACCGCAACCGCAGAGUUGAAGAAAGUUUGGCUGUGUUGAGAAGGAGAAGAAGUUCUUCACCACUGGUUCUGCUUCCAUGGCGAUUCAUGCUCAAAAUGGAGUUACUAGAUCACAAGGCAGUCUUCAAGUUGGGAAUGGAGUAACUUUGAAUUCUGGAGUGCAUUCUGUUGCACGUAUUCAACUAAGUGAUCAAUUUUCUUGCGGAAAUGACUAUUCCCUUAAGGUAAGGAAACCGUAUACUAUCACCAAGCAGAGAGACAGAUGGACUGAUGAAGAACAUCACAAGUUCCUUGAAGCUUUGAAGCUGCAUGGCCGGGCCUGGCGACGAAUUGAAGAACAUGUUGGCACGAAGACUGCUGUUCAGAUUCGAAGUCAUGCUCAGAAGUUUUUUUCUAAGGUUCUUCGAGACUCUAGUGGGAACAGUACAACCUUGGCCGAAUCAGUUGAAAUUCCUCCUCCACGACCAAAACGAAAGCCAAUUCAUCCUUAUCCACGUAAACUAGUGGAGACCCGGAAUACCGAAAUUUCCAACUUAGAACAGCAAUUGAGGUCUAAAUCUCCCAAGUCAUCAGAUUUUGGUCAAGAAAACAAUUCUCCCAAAUCAGUGUUUUCAGACACCCUUGGUUCCUCUGAUUCAGAUACACCAACAGGAAGUUUGUCCCCGGUCUCAUCCAUUAGUGGUGUCCAUACCAGUAGCUUUCCACUUGCUGAGCCCAAAACAUCAUUUGAGGAAGAUGGAUCUCCACCACCGGAUGCUCUAUAUUCUGGUUCAACUCAUGAUGAGCAACCAUUCAUGAAACUCGAACUUUUCCGCAAAGAAGAUGUUUCUACCAAAGACGAUGCAGCGGAAGAAUCAUCUGGUCGUACUCUCAAAUUGUUUGGAACAACUCUGCUGGUAACCGAUACCUGUAGACCAUCUUCUCCAACAACGGAGGAGGCAUGCAAACCAAUACCUGCCAUUUACCAUAUGCAACUUCAGAGUGGAAGUUCAGAUAUUGCAGAAGGUCCUGCAACUUUUGUUCCUUGGUGGUCUCGUUCCCACAAUACUCCAUUCAUGCCACUGCACAAGGAGCCUGAGGGGAAACAUCAAUGUCAUAUUCUUGGGGAUUUUGAGGAUAAAGAAAUUCAAAAAGAAGGAUCUUGGACUGGUUCAAACACUAGUUCGGUUAAUGAUGGAGAGAACAAUGAAAAAUCAGAUGAUCAAGCCAAAAGUCAUGCGCAUUGCUUUAAAUAUAGAGGGGGUGGACAGUUUUACCUUCUUGGCCACACCACACCAAGUGAAACAUCAAGAAUAUCUGAGCUAAGGGUGAGACAUAAAACCUGUGGGAAGGGGUUUGUACCAUAUAAAAGGUGCAUUGCAGAAAGAGAAAACCAGUACUCACGAGUAACAGAUGGGGAAAGGGAAGAGCAACGUAUCAGGCUUUCCUUAUAGUUCCUCCAAUUGGGCUUUUCUUUGAAGCACUUUCGCUUUUACAUAUGGUUUUAUAAGAGUUAUUUUGUAGGAAAAGUGAUUGUAAUGUUAUAGAGAUUUGUUUUACGUGUCGUUUUUAUUUUUAUUUUUACUUCAAAAAGUGUGGGCCUCACAAAAUGUUGUGUGUGUAGAAAUUUUUUUUGUAUCAUGUGAAAUGAUAAAUGUAAACCCUUUUACAGA